CACUAACCACACAACCCCAAGAUCAACAAACCCGCUCGUAUCUAAUAAUAUCUUUCUACCUUUCCAAAGUCUCAUCUCAGCCUUGUGACUUUCUUUCCCCGCCAUGACCUCAGAUGCAUUAUGCCAGAUACAGAAGAGGAGUAAGAUAAGCCGUGAAUGAGCCUCAUGACGUCGCUCGCUUGCGGAGUUGAGUGUGGGGUAUCACGUACAAUCGGCAGAUCGUCAGCGUCGUGAGAUCGGGAGUCUCACAUCUUAGAGCUCUUGAAAAAAGGUGUGAAGAGAAUACGAGGUUGGGUGCCAGAAUUUAGCAGAUAUGACGAGAUAUACAUUCCUUUCAAAAGGAAGUACGAGGUUUUUACGAGGUUUGCUGAGAUGUGACGGUAAUUACAGUUUGGAAAUCAGCAGGAAGAGAAAUAUCGGAUAUAUAUAAAGACAAAAACCACCCUCUGCCUAGUUACCAUAAUCAAUAACACAUUCAGAUUUACCAUUCUUCAGUUGCAAGAUCCCUAUUGAAGGAUAUAUCCACGCACCAGACAACAGUUCAUACACAACUCUAGAUCUCAAGAUGAAGUUCACAACCGCAUCCACCGUCCUCGCCCUCGCCGGCAGCACCCUCGCAGCUGACGGCAUCUUCGCCAUCACAGGCACAGGUCAAACCGGUCCACCCACCCUCGUAACCCUCCAAGUGCUGAACGGCCUCGUCGGCGACGCCCCCAAAUGCUCCGGCACGGCAUCGACCUCGCCCCUCCCAGCCUCCGGCAGUAUCCCCUGCAUGGAAGGCUACACCCUGACAUACCAGUGGAAUAGUAUCAACGAAGGGAUUGCGGCAACGUAUACGAACCCGACGAAUACAUUUACGUAUAAUGUGCCGAACAAUGGCUGUGAUGCGAAUAAUGUGUGCCAAUUUGGCUUUACGGAUAACUUUCCGGGGAAGAAGAUGGCGAGGGCCCUGAGGGCUUAGGAGGUUUGGUGGAGAUGUGCGGUGAGAUGAGUUGAGAGUGAUAUUGGAGGAAGGUAGAUUUUUGGGAGAUGCUGUAGGAACGGCGAAUAUAAUCUUAAAGCGAACGAAC